UGUUUUCACUGUACAAUCAGACAAAACAGCCUUUUGGUUUCUCUCUCUAGGGUUGAAGGAGUUAGAUUUUUUUCAGACACAAGUACAAAAAGAACAACCAAUCAAAAUCUGCAGCUUCGUGAACUCGAGUUUUGGCGAUUGUUCUCAAGAAAGAUGCAUUCUUGUUAUCAUACGCACUUCUCCUCCCUCAAGCUUCCACAUUUCUUUGCGCCGAAGAAUUUUGUGGCGUCUUCACGGAGAGAGUUAAGAGUGUUCGCAGUGGCAACCGAAGAGGCGUUUAGUAACAUACCAGCGGCUCCAAUUUCUCUACCUGAAGGCUCAUGGAAACAGAUAGGUGGUGGAGUGACAGCUGCGAAAGGGUUUAAAGCUGCUGGUAUGUAUGCUGGAUUACGUGCUUCAGGGAAGAAGCCUGAUCUCGCUCUUGUUACCUGUGAUGUCGACGCUGUUGCUGCAGGAGUGUUUACUAUGAAUGUGGUUGCUGCUGCUCCUGUUGUUUACUGCAAAAAGGUUCUUGAGACUUCCAAUACGGCGCGUGCAGUGUUGAUCAAUGCCGGUCAGGCCAAUGCAGCUACGGGCGAUGCUGGUUACCAAGAUAUGUUAGAUUGUGUUGGUUCACUAGCAACGGUACGUCUUGAUUAUGAGCCCUUGUCUCCCUCCCUCCGCAAACCUUAUGUAUUUCAGUAUUUUCCUUCAUUGUUGCAGCUACUUAAAGUGAAACCAGAGGAAGUAUUGAUCGAGUCAACUGGGGUUAUUGGUCACAGGAUAAAGAAGAAAGAGCUUCUACAAGCACUUCCAACACUAGUCAACUCGAUGUCAAACUUUGUUGAACAGGCAGAUUCUGCUGCUAUCGCAAUCACAACAACGGAUCUUGUAAGCAAGAGCGUCGCAGUUGAAUCACAGGUAGGAGGAACCACUAUUCGAGUUGGUGGCAUGGCAAAAGGCUCAGGGAUGAUUCAUCCAAAUAUGGCAACUAUGCUAGGCGUCAUCACAACAGACGCUCUAGUUGAAAGUGAUAUCUGGAGAAAGAUGGUAAAGGUUGCAGUCAACCGAAGCUUUAAUCAGAUCACUGUAGAUGGGGACACGAGUACCAACGACACAGUCAUUGCUUUGGCGAGUGGGCUAUCUGGAUCACCUUUUAUAUCUUCUUUGAACUGUAAGGAAGCUCUACAGCUUCAGGCUUGCCUUGAUGCGGUGAUGCAAGGACUUGCCAAAUCAAUAGCUUGGGAUGGCGAAGGCGCAACAUGUCUCAUUGAGGUAACGGUAAAAGGAACAGAAACUGAAGCAGAAGCAGCGAGAAUUGCACGCUCGGUGGCUUCAUCUUCACUGGUCAAAACAGCUGUUUAUGGGAGAGAUCCUAACUGGGGACGCAUAGCUGCAGCUGCUGGCUACGCUGGAGUUUCAUUCCAGAUGGAUAAGCUUGAGAUAUCACUCGGCGAGUUUUCACUCAUGGAGAGUGGUCAACCUCUUCCUUUUGACAGGGAUGGAGCCAGUAACUACCUCAAGAAAGCUGGAGAGGUUCACGGAACUGUCACAAUCGAUCUAUCCGUAGGUGAAGGUGCAGCCACAGGUAAGGCGUGGGGGUGUGAUCUUAGCUAUGACUAUGUCAAGAUCAACGCUGAGUAUACCUCCUGAGACCAAAAUGCAGAGAUUCAUGUAAUGUAGUGUUAUAUUCUCAAUUUAUAAACUACAUUUGCUUCAAAUAAGAAAACAUCAUUUCAAAUAACAAAGCUAUAUUGAGUU